UUAAAACAAUAAUCCAUAAAUUGUUUUAUUUUUGUAUAUGUUGGAAAAAUUGCAAUUUCUACUCUCAAUCUGUGGUAAAACAUUUUUAAGUGAAAGCAACAUUAAUCACUGGUGUAUAAUAAGUCAGUAUUGAAGUCUUCAUAAACUAAAUUCCGCGACUUUGUUAAAGUGAACCUGCUGUGGAACUAUGACUCUUUCAUAAAGCACCAUGGAUGUAGUGGUAUGUCACUGAGAACCUGCCAAAGCUCAAGAUGACACUUUAAUAUGUGUGAACACCUCUUCUGUGAAUGGCUUGUUGAACCUGUGUAUGGCACAACAUCGCCCCCCAGUGUCCAUAAGGUGACGUUCACCCGAAACGUAAAAAUAAAAGAAAACACAAAUGCGUAAUAAACUUUUGCUAAGAUAGCAGCACGGAAAUGUGUCUUAAAAAAAGCUUUUAAGACACAAUUUGCUGUCUUCCUUUUAAGAGGAAGACGGCAAAUUGGAAUACUUUGUUGUGGGUGCAACAUUAUCAGCGUAGAAGAAGAAGAAGGAGCGGAAGUGACGUCAGGAAUCCUGCCUCCACAUCAAACGGAGGUUCAACCCUUGACUUAUGAAAGCUGCAGAUGGAAGUGUUAGAUAACCGAGGUUUCCCUACCCCUACACACCGCCAUGUGAAGAGCUAAGCGACUUCCGCCAGUCCAGUUCUGCCGAGAGACACUUUUAUACAAAAAAGGGAUUUUUUUUACUGGGACAAGUUUGACAAAGGACAGAGAGACAGCAUGGCGAAGCGGAGGGGGAGUGCAGAGACUGAGGUCGAUACAAAGAAACCGAAGCAGGUGCCGAAGGCAAAGAGCAGCGCAACAAAAGCGAGAGCGAAGACGAAAAGUGCAGGUAAUGUCAUCCCAGAGGACGAUGAGGUGCUGAAGAGGAAGGUCAAACCCAAACCACGGGCCUCCACCAAGCGAGUGUCGGGGAAAACCUCUUCCACCUCCUCUCCAACCGCAACGGCUGUCAAAACGAGUAAAUACUUCUCGUCGCCAGUGAAGGAGGAGCAAGAUGCCAGUGAGGAUGACUCGCACGCGGUGACCUCGGCAGCCCCUCCGGUUCAAGGGAACGCCAAAGAAACCAAGAGAGAAGAAAAAGAGCAGCAGGAGGAGAGCGAGGAAGACGACGAUGACGAUUGGGAGGAAGUGGAAGAGCUUUCUGGGCCGCUGGGUCCAGUCGAACCACCGGAACCCGUCCUGCCGUCCCAGCCGGUUCAGAUAGAGAUCGAGACUGCAGAAGUCAGAAAAAAGAAAAAGAGGCAGGCAGAGUUUGAGACUUAUAUGAGACGGAUGGUGAACCGACUCAAGAAGGACGUGCUGAUAGACACACACAAGGUCCACCUGAUGUGCCUGAUAGCCAAUGCGAUGUUCCGCGGCCGUCUGUGCAGUGAACCGGACUUGCUCGCCAUCACUCUGUCGCUGCUGCCCACCCACUUCAGCAUGGUCGCCAAGGAACGCAUCGACCACAACUACCUCUCUGGGCUGCUCAAAUGGUUUUCAUCAACGUUCUCCCUGAACCCCAGUCUUUCCUGUGAGGAGAGUCUGAACCCCCGCACUCUGCUGGAGAGGCGGCUCGCCAGCCUCUCUGCCAGGACCCACCAGGAGAUGACUCAUCUGUUUCUUUUGGUCCUGAGGUCUCUGCAGCUCUUCUGCCGACUGGUUAUUUCUUUGCAGCCGAUUCCUCUCAAAACCCCAUCUGCCAAGGGAAAAGGUGCUCGGACACCUACCAGCGCUCCGGGAGCGAGCAACGCAAGCCAGCAAACCUCCAGGACCACCUCCCCUGACCAGAAGGUCUCUCCUGGCACCAAGAGACCGGCUGGAGGGGGGGCGGUCAGAGGAGGCCAUGGAGGAAAGAAAGCUAAGACGAUAGAAAUAAAGGAGGAGCAUGACGAGAUAAAGGAAAAGACUAAAGCAUCUGGAGGGCAGAGGCCAAAGAACUCCAAACGCCGCAGUAUCGCCUCUAAAGUCAGCUACAAGGAAGAAAGCGAGAGCGAAGGGGAAAAGGAGGAGGGGCUUAGCGAAGACGACGACUUUCAGGUGACCAGCGAGGAAGACAGUGAGGAUUCAGAGAGAGGGGCUGAAUCAACAAAGUCGAGGAAAGAGAAAGGAGGGAGCAAAGCCAACGCGGCAAACAGCAAGAGAAGAAGUGGUGGAGGGAAAGAACCGAUCAAAGACGAGCAGCGAAAAGAGGGGGAAGCUGAUGAAGAAGAGGGAACCACAGGCAACAGAACAAAGCGAAGGAGUGGGAGAAAGAACGACGGGCCCAGAGCGGACGAGUGGCUGGAGGUGUACCUGGUGAAGACGUCAUCCUGGGUUUGCGUCGACACGGAGCAGGGCGUCGGGAUGCCUCACCUCUGCUCCCAGAAUGCAACGGCGCCGAUUACCUACGUGGUGUCGGUGGACGGAGACGGCUUUGUGAAGGACUUGGGAAAGAAGUACGACCCCACCUGGCUGACCUCUUCCAGGAAGAGGCGCGUGGACGAAGAGUGGUGGGAGGAGACGCUUCAGCCGUUCCUUGGACCCGAGGACGAGAGGGACGUGAAGGAGGAAAAGGAGCUCCAGAACAAACUGCUGAACAAACCCCUGCCCGUCUCAAUAGCGGAGUAUAAGAACCACCCGCUGUACGCCUUAAAGAGACACCUGCUGAAAUAUGAAGCCAUCUACCCAUCAACUGCCACUUCACUGGGAUACUGCAGGGGAGAGCCGGUGUACUCCAGGGAUUGUGUGCACACGCUCCACUCCAAAGACACUUGGUUGAAAGAGGCACGGACUGUCAGACUAGGAGAGGAACCAUACAAGAUGGUGAAGGGCUUCUCUAAUCGGUCCCGCAAAGCCAGGAUGGCAUCUGAGCAGAAGGAGGACAAUGACCUGUCUCUGUUUGGAGAGUGGCAGACUGAAGAGUACCAGCCGCCUUUAGCUAUGGACGGGAAGGUUCCCCGUAACGACUACGGCAACGUCUACCUGUUUAAGCCCUGCAUGAUACCGGUGGGCUGCGUUCACCUCAAGCUGCCCAACCUGCACCGCGUGGCCAGGAAGCUGAACAUGGACGCAGCCCCCGCGGUCACUGGCUUCGACUUCCAUGGAGGAUACUCGCAUGCUGUGAAUGACGGCUACAUUGUGUGUGAGGAGCAUGAGGAGAUUCUCAGAGCGGCCUGGGUGGAAGAUCAAGAGAUUCAGAAACAGAAGGAGAGAGAGAAAAAAGAGAAGAGGGUGAUUUCCAACUGGACUUUGCUGGUGAAGGGGCUCCUGAUCAGAGAAAGACUUCAACAGCGCUACGGAAAGAAGAACCAGGGUCUGGGGAACCUCCAGGAGACUUGCGGGCUUUCGUCAGAUGAAGAGGUGGCUGAGGCCGGAAGUCCUUCCGCUACGACGGCGUCUGAGACUCUGGCCAUGUCCUGGCCUCAGAACAGACAAGCAGAGGAGGACGGAGGGAGCAUCAGCGGACUGAAGAAGAAGAAGACGACAAAGCGAGAAAAGAGGGGACAGGAGAAACACAUGUUCCCCUUUGAGAAAGUGUGAUGUCAGGGAGCCCAAAACACAUUUAAGUCAAGUCUCUGGAACCUCAGGUGUAACACAUUUUUAAACCAACUUUUAUAACAUUUGUCAUCUUUGGAACUUUUGGCUUUGACAUUUCCCAAAGGAGAGGAAUGUUUUGUAGAGCUGCAGAUUUGAAUAAUGGCUUGUGUGGCAGGUAAACACAAACAACUCAAUGAACCUGCAACACAAUAAGCACUACAAGCGAAUAAACUAUGGGAAAUAAACAUUUUCCCCAUGGCUGGUAGUAGAUCCACUACCUACUAAUGAAUUAUUUAAAUGUAGGUCCAAAAACGUGUUUCUCCUGUGAUGACCAACUGGACCACAUCCUCUAUUACUGACUUGACUCUACUCUGUGCAGCCUGACUCAAUGAAAAAAGAAACUCAGACUGUUGUCAAUUGAAAGCUUUUGAGUUGUAUGCAUGAAUAUAGCAGUUAAGAAGUUGUUAAUGAUUGAUAGCCUCACACACAGCCUGACAUAAUUUGUCAAAAAUACUGUACUUUUUUUUCUCUUUCCCUGACAGGCUGCUACACCCCUGGACGUUGGUUGUAUUUUGAAUCAGCCUUCACAGUCUGCCUCUUUCAAACUUUUGUCACUGUUUCACACCUUGUGUCUCUACGUGUUUUGUACAAAGUUGGUGAUGCCUGUAUUUCAAAUAAUAAACUGUUUUUGUAUUAAAAGUAUUUUUCUAAGAUGUAAUACAAGUUAAAAGCAAUAUAAACCAAAUUAGAAAAUGUUGUUGAAUAUGUUUUGUUGCACUUAUUGGGAAUCAAGGAAAAAACAUGAUACAUUCUGUAAUUAAACAAAUGAUUGUCAGACUAAAAUUGUUUCUAUUGCUACAUGAAUUCUAAUUGAUUUCUGACCAGCCU